AUGGCAAACCCUCCAUGGAAACCAAUUGCUGAGUACUAUCAGGCAUCCCGAGACGCCGCCAUCCCAACCGAGUGGCUGCUCCCCUCGGCGCAGGUGCAGGAACUGAAGCAGGCGGCCAACCCCCAAGUCAUAAACGCCGCGCUGCCCGCGCUGACCCCAAGCGAGCGUGACAUCACCGCCCUGGACGCGACCGAGCUGGCCGCCCGCAUCCGGCAGCGCACGCUGUCCUGCGUCGCCGUCGCCGACGCCUUCUGCCACCGCGCCGCCAUCGCCCAGCAGCUGACCAACUGUCUGACCGAGGUCUUCUUCCACGAGGCCCUGGCGCGGGCCCGCGAGCUGGACGAGAUCCUCGACGCGACCGGCCGGCCAGUCGGCCCCCUCCACGGCGUGCCCGUCUCCGUCAAGGACCACUACAACGUCCGCGGCCACCCGACCACAGCCGGCUACAUCGCCUACGCCAAGAACGGCAGCACCACCAAGGAGGCCAAGGACCGGGACGCGCACAUCGUGGACAUCAUGCGCCGCGCGGGCGCCGUGCUGUACGCCAAGACCAACAACCCGCAGUGCAUGAUGGUGCUCGAGACGGUGAGCAACAUCUACGGCCGGACCCUCAACCCGCGGAACCUGAAGCUCGGUGCCGGCGGCUCCAGUGGGGGCGAGGCCGCCCUCGUCGCCCAGCGCGGCUCCCCCUUGGGCAUCGGCUCCGACAUUGGCGGCUCGAUUCGCGUGCCCGCCGCCUUCAACGGCGUGUACGGCUUCAAGCCCUCCGGCAAGCGCGUGCCCACCGGCGGCUGGGAGUGCACCAACUUGGGCGCCGAGUCCAUCACCGCCGUCGCGGGGCCGAUUGCCUGCAGCGUGCGCGACCUGGAUCUCUUCAUGCAGAUCACGGCCGACGCGAGGCCCUGGCUGCGCGAGCCGCUGCUGGCCAUGCCGUGGAGGUCCCGGCUGGAGAGCAGCAGCGACCCCCUAGCGGGGGGCCAGGAGAAGCUCAAGGUUGGGGUCAUGAGGUGGGAUGAGGUCGUCAUGCCUCAUCCGUGCAUCACGAGAGUCUUGGACGAGACGGCGGAGAAGCUACGACAAGCUGGACAUCAAGUCUUUGACUUUGAGCCAUAUGACCACAAGCGCGCCUGGGAUGAGAUUCUACUGCCUCUCUACUUCACCGACGGCGGCAAGGACAUUAAGAGCACCCUCGAGGCAGGACAAGAGGAAAUGCUUCCCUGCGCAAGCGAGCUCAUCCACGAUCCCAUUGUCCGGGAGCGCUCCGUUCACGAGAUUUGGAAGCUCAACAUUGCACGCGACCAGUAUCGCUCGGAAUAUCUUCAACGCUGGGCCGAGACGGCCAAGCACAGCAGCAGCACAUCCGAGGAGAAGCCCAUGGACGUGCUCAUCUGCCCGGCCGCACCCAUCCUCGCCACCCCUCACGACGUCAAGCCCUGGUGGGGAUACGGCGCCCUCUGGAAUCUCCUCGACUUCCCGAGCGGCGUGCUUCCCGCGGGCGAGGUGCUAGCCGGCGACGCCUAUCCGGACGGGUAUCAGCCAGUCAGUGAGCUGGACCGGAAGAAUGCUGAGCUUUGGGACAAUAGCGCAUACUUGGGAAUGCCAGUGGCCAUUCAGGUCGUCGGAUUGACGCAUGAGGAUGAAGCCGUUGUCGGAACGAUGGGCGUAAUUGACCGCCUGGUCAAUGCUUAG